AUGACAACACCAUGGCCUUUUCACACUUGGGGGCUCGAUCUCAUAGGGCUUAUAAACCCUUCAUCCAAUGGUUACAUAUGGAUCUUGGCAGCCACAGAGUACUUUACAAAAUGGGUAAAGGCCAUCCCUUUGAAAAAGGCCACUGGAACAGCAGUAGCAAACUUUGUUCGAGACCACAUCAUUACAAAGUUCAGGAUCCCCAGAAAAUUGAUCAGUGACAACGGGACCCUAUUCAUAAACAAAGACAUGAAGGGGUUAACUGAGGCAUAUCACAUCAAACAUGGAAGGUCUACCCCAUACAACCCACAAGGAAACGGUCAGGCUGAGGCCACCAAUAGGGUGAUGUUGAAGAUCCUUAAAAAGAUGAAGCAUGAGUAUGGAGGGAAAUGGAGUAACCAUUUGGCAAAUGUACUCUGGGCAUGUAAGAGCUCUGUAAAAACAGCCACGGAAUUUUCGCCAUUUUCCCUAGUCUAUGGAACAGAAGCUAUCAACCCUGUGGAAUUAGUUAUUCCUACACCAAGAGUGGUCCUUGAAGAAAGCCAAGAAGAAAACGAGGACACAAACAAUGAAAGGAGAUUGGCGGAUCUGGAAGGGGUAGAAGAAGAAAGAGAACUAGCCAAGAAGAGAAGCCAGAGGUACCAGCAAAGAAUUACUAGAGCAUAUGCAUAA